CUCUCUCCUAACAGCUUUCCUUGCGUAUUGGCGAACAGACUCCCUCCCUUCUCAUGGCCGUAUCCACAUUUGGUUGCUGUCGUCGGAGGUAGCGGCUGUUUCAGUUGACAGGAGGGCAUGACCCGUUCUUCUGUGAAAAGACGAAGUUCACACCGCUCGUCUAAGAUCCGGCCCAUCACCAUGCCACUGGAGCCACUUAAGGAGUUCCAGGGUAUGGAUACGACGGAGCGGAUCUUCUUGGAGGCGGUGGAACGAGGUGACAAACACACCGUAAUUCGCUGCCUUCAAGGAAAUAGUCCCGUCAAUGUGAACUGCACCAAUAUGCUGGGUCGCUCUGCCAUCCAGAUCGCCGUUGACAAUGAAAACGUGGAACUUGUAGAGGUACUUCUUCAGCAAGAUGGAGUCCGUAUUGGAGACGCGUUACUGUAUGCUAUCCGAGAGGGGGUAUACAAGAUCGUGGAGAUGUUGAUUGACCAUCCGUCCAUCACACUGGAGAUGUUGGGUUCGGACUGGUCAAAGUGUCGUCGUUCAGGUGAGGAGAGUUCCGAUUAUUCUCAGGACAUCUCGCCCAUCAUUCUGGCGUCACACUGUAACCAAUUCGAGAUACUACAACUGCUUAUCCUCCGAGGAGCGGAGAUCAAACAGCCGCACCAACUCUCCUGUUCUUGUAAGGUUUGUCAAGAGCAUGUGCACGAAGACAGUUUACGGCACUCUUUGUUACGAAUAAACACGUAUAAAGCUCUUGCCAGCCCGGCUUGGAUCUCGUUGACUAGUCCCGAUCCCAUUCUCACGGCUUUCCGUCUUUCGUGGGUGCUACAGAAACUGGCACUGAGGGAGAACGAGUUCAAGGACACGUACAUGCACCUGAGUGAACAGUGUAAGAAAUAUGCGUGUGAUCUCAUUGAUCAAUGUCGCACGAGUGAGGAGGUCAUUGCUGUACUCAACAAAGAGAGUGACGAGGAGGAAGCCGAUCAUAGACAGUAUGGACUUGUAGACAACAACAAACUCACUCUCGCGAGGUUGAAACUAGCCCUCAAAUACGAACAAAAACAGUUCGUAGCCCAUCCUCACUGCCAACAACUACUGACGUCUAUUUGGUAUGAAGGCCUGCCUGGCUGGAGGAAGAGGAAUGGCGUCACCAAGUUCCUCUUGUGUAUCGGUCUCAUUCUUCUGGUUCCCUUCAUGGCGGUAUAUUAUCUCAUUUUUCCACGGAGUAAAAUUGGCCAACUCCUGCGCAGUCCAUUUAUGAAAUUUCUAUAUCACAGCGCCUCAUUUGGAGUGUUUCUGUUUUUACUAGUAUGUGUGUCCACAGAAAUCAGUGGAGAUUCUAACAGGGAACGUUUCCGGGGACCACCUCCUUCGCAGCUCGAGUGGUUCAUCGUGUUUUGGGUUACCGGAUUUGUGUGGCAGGAAGUUAAACAGCUGUGGGAUGAGGGACUAAAGGCCUACAUUCGCCAAUGGUGGAACUGGUUGGAUUUUAUAAUGCUGUCACUAUAUCUGGCCACGUUCUCUCUGCGCCUUGUGGCUUACAUCCUCAUCAAGUCAGAUAGAUACGGUCCCAGAGAGAUGGCCAGAAGUGACUGGCCUUCAUUCGAUCCGACACUCAUAUCAGAGAGUUUGUUUGCUGUAGCAAACGUGUUCAGUUUCUCCCGGAUAAUCUACCUGUUCCAGGCAAACCAGCACCUUGGGCCGAUGCAGAUCUCCCUCGGGUGUAUGCUUAUUGACAUUGCCAAGUUUCUUUUCAUCUUCUUUCUUGUCCUCACGUCCUUUGCCUGCGGACUGAACCAGUUGUACUGGUAUUAUAAUGGCAGUCGAUCAGAGGGAGAUCCCGACUCCUUCUACACGUUAGGUGAAUCGUAUAUCACACUCUACUGGUCUCUCUUCGGACUAACCGCUCUCAAGGAUAUCAAGAUUCCUCAAGGUCAGUACUUCACCGAACUAAUGGGGAUGCUGCUGUUUAUGGCCUACCACGGCAUGGCGUCUAUUGUCCUCAUCAACAUGCUGAUAGCUAUGAUGUCAAAUUCCUACCAAAAUAUAGAGAAUCAUGCUGACAUGGAGUGGAAGUUCUGUCGUUCAAAGCUGUGGAUGGGCUACUUUGACGAGGGUUCAACACUUCCCGCUCCCUUUAACCUGAUCGUCAGUCCAAAGUCCAUUUACUACUGUCUCCGCUCGUGUCACACAUUCCUUUGCCAGUGUUUCCGCUCCCGUCGUUACAAAAAACGUCGCACUUCAUCAGCUACUAACAAGCCGAUACCGUCCAAUGUGCAUGGCACAACAGAGCAUGGCAACAGGUUGCCGGGCGUAGCCUUAGACAAUCUGUCAGUGUUCACGACUGGUGAGAGUGGAUCAGGAUUACGACGUAUGGUGAAACAGUCCAGAUCUGCAUUUAACGGAGAGCCGUACGGAAUCCCUCCAUCGUAUUCACAGUUGAUAUACCAGGAUGUCAUGAGGCGACUCGUCAGUAGAUACAUUCACCAGACAAAGAAACAGCGACAACAGGACGGAGUCAAUGAGGACGAUUUACUAGAAAUAAAACAGGAUAUAUCUAGUCUGAGGUAUGAGCUGAGAGAAGAUCGGAAGCGGGAAAUAGCUCGUGGGGAAAAUCACUUUGAAAGCUUGAAACUCGAGAUCUUGUCAGUUGUCAAAGGGCGUACUUCUACUGGGGGUCAUCACUAUGGACACGGUGGCAGUUGCCAGGACAUUGACCGCCAGGGGACUGUAGGAUCCAACUUGUCAGUCACUGAUAUACAACACCUGAAGCAGGAUAUCAUCAGUAGUCUACGUCAGGAGCUGAGGGACGCUGUGUCCGAAUUGUCUAACUACAAUCCCGGACAUGUUUUACCAGGGAAUGUAGCCCUUACGCUACCCCCGACUGAGCCCGAGCUGUACCACACCCAUCUCUACACACAGUUAUGACCACCUGUGCGACGUUUAUUUCAGUGUGUGGUUAACGUUCUGUGACGUCACGAUUAUAAUUCAGUUAGAGUGUAGAUACGCUGUGUUAGUAUGUGUACUAGAGCUUCACACUGUUCUCUGGUCAUCAAGCAUUACUUGGGUUGCUGCCAUUGUUAACAUUACGUACAUAUCUUGCCAACAAGUGUGUUAUCGGUGCUGACGUGUUGUCCGGUAAUCCAUUGUCAGGGUGGCAUGUCUUUUUUUUUUUUUAUUGUGACGUUAAACGUAAAAUCUGUCUGUGUAUGGUAUUCACUGACAGAUAUCUGUACAUGUUUUGUAUUUACGUGAUAGCAUGUGUGAGACACGUACGUGGUUUACAACAUGUACCGUCAUAGUUUAAGACAUGUAGCAAUAUGUGUUGUGUUGAAGGUCGAAAAGAUGGAAAUCGACAAAUUAUAUAUAUAUAUAUAGCUACUGAUUAAAUCAGUUAAACAGCACACGACACGCGUCGUGAUAAUAUACGUACCUCUAGUUGACGUGACCUUGUGUCAUGACGCUAGAGGUGACAAUGAUAUAAUCAGUUGAUAUUUUACGUGACGGUUAUGUAAACGGUAACGCGGUAACGUGACGGUUAUAGUUACGGUAACGUGACGGUUAUAGUUACGGUAACGUGACGGUUAUAGUUACGGUAACAUGACGGUUAUAGUUACGGUAACGUGACGGUUAUAGAUACAGUAA